UGCGGAGAACCGGAAGAGGCGUUCCCGCUCCUCGGCACUUGACCGGCGUUUGACGGGAGGUCGCGCGCAGGUGGACGCCGGAGAGAAGUUUCGUCUGACGCGCUGCCGAUCCAAGUGUCUUAAAGCAGGAUAGUUCCUCCUCCUGUCUGUGGGUCAUCACAGGAGUCGAUGGAGGGAGCAUUGGUCUUAACACCUGCGUGUCCUCCCACUUAUUCUCGGGACUCUUCUUCUCCUCCUCCAAAUGCUCCAGAGAUUUCAGACCACCAGUCUUCUCCUUCUGAACCUGCCCCCCAAUUUAUACCUCCACCUCCACCUCCACCUCCUCCUCCUCCUCUCCUUCCCCCUCCUCCACCACCUGCUUUUGCCCCUCAUAAUGUCCAGCGACGUUCGAUGAAAAAGGUCAACUGGGACGCUAUCCCCAGCCAGCGUGUCCUGGGGAAAGUGAACGUGUGGACAUCUCAGCGGCCACAGAAGAACCUCACACUCAAUGUCCAGAGGAUAGAGGAGCUGUUCAGCCACGAGGACACAUGGGCCCCUAAAUGCGGGACCAGAGUCAAGCAUCGCAGGAGGUUUACGGGCCUGGCCCCUUUUCCCAGCGAGUCGCAGGUCUCAAUUCUCGACUCCAAGAAGAGUAUGAAUAUCGGGAUCUUCCUGAAACACUGUAAGAGGCCCGUGACAGAACUGGUGGAGGACAUUCGUCAGGGGAACUGGCUCAAAUUUGGAGCAGGAAAACUCAAGGAGCUCUGUAAAUUGGUCCCGGAGGACAGUGAGGUGAGGCAACUGCUGUCGUUCAGUGGGGACCUCUCUCUGUUGCCUGAGGCGGACCAGUUCAUGGUGCGGCUGGUCAAAGUGCCAGGUUACGCUGAGCGCCUGACGUCCAUGUUGCUGAGGGAGGAGUUCUUUCCUCUUAUGAAGGAGAUGAAGAACUCUGUCUCCGUGAUGACUAACGCUGCAAAUGAGCUGUUGCACUGUGAUGACCUGCACUCCGUCAUUCGGCUGGUAUUAAAAGCGGGGAACUACAUGAAUGCUGGUGGGUACAGUGGCGAUGCCAUUGGCUUCAGGAUGACCUCGCUGCUCAAGCUUGCGGACACCAAGGCCAACAAGCCAGGCAUGAACCUCAUGCACUAUGUCGCCAAGCAAGCAGAGGACAUUGAUGCAGAGCUGUUAACAUUUUCCAAUCAGCUCAGUCAUGUUGGGAUGGCAUCAAGAGUUUGUAAGGAGGAAGUAAAUGUUGACUUCCAAAGAGAAGUGCAAAAGAUCAAGGAUGUGAAAAUGUAUGCUAGCAAACAGCCUGGCCUUCUCCAACAGAUGGAAACCUUUCUCAUGACGGCUGAAGUCAAGUUGGCCAAUGUGGAGUCCUCUCUCCAGGAGCUCAAUGCUAUUAGCCAUGCUGUGGCUGAGUACUUCUGCGAAGAUCCAGCUUUAUUCAAACUGGAGGAGUGCUGCACCAUCUUUCACUCCUUUUGCAAGAAGUUUGACAUAGCUGUAAAGGAAAACAGAGAACGAGAGGCAGUAGAGCUGAGACGCAAGCGGAGCGAGAACUUUCACAGCUUGUCCAAGCGCUGUUCCAUAUCCUCCAAUCAGGAAACGCGGCCUGACCCGGAGACCUCCAGCUUGGAGUCGGUCCUCCACAGCUUUCUGUCCUCUGUUCCAGAGGGCCUCACAAGGUGCAGGAAAAGCAUGCUGUCCCCAGUUGAAGGAUCCCCCACUGAGCUCAGCUCCCGAACAGAAUCAUCGGUAGAAGAAUCAGAUCUAGGCUCACAGAGCGGACAAGAAAGAAGCCCAGAGGAGAAACAAGCAAAACUGCAGGAAGCAGAGGAGCUGGAUUACAAGGAGGCCAGGAAGAUCCGUGUGGUAACGCGGAAAGUGCUACACUUACAGAGUGGCCAAGGAAGCCUCUGUGGGGACCAAGCCUCCCAUAAGCCUCGUUUCAAAGAGAGAGAACAAGCAACCCCUGUUACCCCACGCACUCCUCGCCCCAGAACCAGGGACUUUGUCUUCUUGGGUAGCGAUGGGAAUCCAGGCUCCCCCUGGACUAUACUCAGUCCGUUCACCUGCCCCCGUGGGAACAUGCCUUUGCACAACCGACGGCCCCGCCAUCGCAAUCAGAACUUCUCCAUAUCCAGUGGAGAUGAUCUAGAUGGUGAAGCCUGGCAGCUGCCCUCCUCCCCAUCUCACUCCACUCCCCCCGCAACCAAGCCAACUUUCCCUACCAUGACUUGUCCCCUUAUGGACCUAGUAGAGGAUAAUGAAGGAGGAGGAGGGGAUCACACAUCUCAAUCUUCCUACACGGCAUCUUCAUCACUUCCUGAUUGUCCCUCCCAAAGGGCUCUGUCCCAAAGGCCAGUCCUCAGAUCUAACUCCCUGGAUGAAACCAGGAGUUCUGCGGCGCGUGACCUCAGGUUGUGGGACUUGUUUCAGAGAACCAAAGUCCAAAGGACGAGGUCAUACUCAGGGUCUGGGACUGAGUCGGCGACAGCAGAGGGAGACAAUAUUUGGUCAGGGAUUGGGAAAAAGACAAGGAAGCAGAUAGACAAACAGAACUCUGGGUUCAUGUCCUUUUUUAAACGCAUUGGGAACAGAUGUAAACCUGAGAAAGUGAAUACCAAAACAUCAGAUACCUGAUGAAUAAACAGACUAUAGUUUGUCUUUUUUUCCUUUUUGAAAUAUGUCUUUUUUUGAUUGUGCAGUCAUGGUCAUUGUGUUGACCUGGUCUUUUAUUGUUCAGCUGGAACAAGGCAAAUGGGAACUUGCUUUGACGUGUCAAGGUUUUGAUUUUUGGAGGUUAGACAGCACGCAAAGAUCUUAAAUCUUAAAGCAUUUCUUUUUUUGUCUAUGUAAUAAAGGUAAAGUCAAAUUUAUUUGUAUAGCCCAAUAUC